AGCAAGGACAGCAAAUGGCACAGACUGAAAGAAGAAGAAGAAGGAGGAGCAGAAGGAGGAGGAGGAGAGAUCAGUGGCGGCCUCUUGGGAUAUCUCAAAAAGAGAAAAAUGAACGCCGGCCCACCUGCAGGAAGCGCCCUGGCACCUGGUGGAGCCUCUGGGCCCACCACCCCCAAGAAGGGCCCACCCAAAUUCAAGCAGAGGCAGACUCGCACAUUCAAGAGCAAGGCCCCCAAACCAGGCCAGAAGGGCUUUGGUGAUGACAUCCCCGGCAUGGAGGGUCUCGGCACAGACAUCACAGUCGUGUGCCCGUGGGAAGCCUUUGGCGACAUGGAGCUCAGCGACUUGGCCAAAUAUGGCAUCAUUUAAAGCUGCUCUCCUCUCUCCAUCCCUGCUCGGCUUGUCGGGAUGAGGCGGCCGGCGCCCCCGUUAACGCCCCUCUCGUCAUCUACCUCGGGCCUCGCUCCACUAAGUGGAGGGAGAAGCUUAAUCAUGCUCUUAUUUUUUCUAUUAUUAUCCAUAUCAUACUGUUCACAGUAUAUAAUACACUUGAAAGAUUGACGAGAAAACUUCACGCACCCUUUCCUUCCUCAUCCUCCAUCUAUUAUAGAGUGCCACUACCCCAACCCACGCCAAAGGACGCGAGAAAAACUGGUCGAAACUAGUUUGAUUUGCUUCUAGCUAUUUAUUUGAGUGUAAAUACUUUGUACCUUGUUUCCUUUUUUACUUCCUUUCUUGCUAUGCUGCAUUGUAUCACUUCACAAGGUCACUGUAAACAUCAUGGGGGGCAAGGAGAGUAUGCAGGAUGCUGUACUGGUGAACACUACAAUGCACUUUCACCCCUUUAAGAUGCUCUCUUCUCCCUCCUUAGAGACGAUCAAUACUGCAAAUGUGUGUUGCAAGCGCAAAACUGUGCAAAAGUACUGUGAACUGAUGUGUCCCUAAUAGUUGCAUUAAAUUGCUUUCUUUUUAGAA